CUGCCGUAGACACGGCUAUGCGCAUGCGCCUUACAGUUUCUUUCGGAGCAGCAAUGGCGUCCUCCAUUGCAGUGUGCAGGUUACAUAUGACGGGAAGGGGCAGCCUGGUGAAGUGCUUAAAGAAGGUCGACACACUCCUUAAAAGAAAUGUUGGGACCAACGCUGUUGUUGCGCAAGGUGAAGCACUUUGUAAAGAAGAAUCUGUUGUAAAGGAUGGAGCUCAAUCUUUGUAUGCUGUGCAGGCGAAGAGGCAAGAACAGGCAGAGAGAUCUGUUCUUAUCAGCUGCCUGUCCAAAACCAAUGAGAAAAAGUUUGUCAAGUAUUUAUCCAAAUAUGGAGAUAUCCAGAAAUACUUCUUUUAUGAAAGCUAUGGAAUGUAUGCUGUCGUUGAGUACACCAACCACGAAAGUGUUUCCUCAUUGCUAGAGGAUACAGCCUUUCCCAGUUUCAGCCAUGAAUGCAUGGUGCCUUUUAAAUCGAGACUUGUGUCACUGAGGAACAUAGGCUCAGCUGACUCAGCAAACAGACAGCUGUGCCAACCACAAACCACUGUUCCCAUCAACACGCUGAUCGAGAGACUGUCCAGAGAGGAAAGUAUAGACCAACAGGUGACCGCCCUGACAGAAGCUUAUCAGCUAACAGAGGAGAACAUCAGACUGCGUUUCCUUGUGUGCUCUCUACUCAAGGACAUUGCUGCUACUUAUUUCCCAGAAUGUACCAUCAAGCCGUUUGGCUCAUCCGUGAAUGGCUAUGGAAAGCUGGGCUGCGACCUGGACAUGAUCCUGGACCUUGAUGGCAUCAGUGGGAGAAAAGCAAAAAUGCCAAAAGCCGGUCUGUUCAUGGAGUAUCAGAUGAAGAGUGAGAACUCCGAACGGGAUGUGACUAAGAGCAUUUUGUCCGUUAUCGGGGAGUGCGUUGACCGAUUUGGACCUGGAUGUGUUGGGGUGCAGAAGAUUCUCAAUGCAAGAUGUCCCCUGGUCCGCUUCUCCCACCAGCCCUCUGGUUUUCAGUGUGACCUCACAGCCAACAACAGGGUGGCGAUCAAGAGCACAGAGCUGCUCUACCUGUACGGGGAGCUGGACCCUCGGGUUCGCUGCCUGGUGUUCACUGUGCGCUGCUGGGCCCGAACUCACGCCAUCACCAGCAGCAUCCCUGGAGCCUGGAUCACCAACUUCUCCCUCACAUUUAUGGUGCUGUUCUUCCUGCAGAAGAGGAGCCCUCCAAUCAUCCCCACCCUGGACCACCUCAGGGCCCUAGCAGGUCCCGAAGACAAGAGCGUGAUUGAAGGGAACGACUGCACGUUUGUCAGCGACUUCAGCAAGAUCCGGCCCCUGAGCAACACAGAGACACUGGAGAAACUGCUGUGCGAGUUCUUCGAGUUCUACUCCACCUUCUCCUUCAGCCAGAAGUCCAUAAAUGUCAGAAAGGGCAAAGAGCAGAACAAGCCGGAGGUUGCCCCGCUGCACAUACAGAACCCUUUCGAAACCUCUCUGAACGUCAGCAAGAACGUCAAUGCCGUGCAGCUAGAACGCUUCAUAGCUUUGUGUCAGGAGAGCUCCUGGCUGCUCCAACAGAGUGAGACCAGGACACCAGGGGUCCGUACAGCCGGAAACACUGCCACACCUUGGGGACUCGCUACCCUCCUCAUGCCCUCCCAGAUUGCAGCGGUUAGAAGUGGCAAGAAGAGGAGACGAGAGCCGGCCAGUGAGAGGAUAAAAGGCUUGCUGGAGUCCUUGAAGAAGGACAAUCAGCCAUAGACAAGCUAAGACUCGGUCUGAUCCUCUCUAUGUCACUUUAAUACAUUCUGUGUUGGACAUCUGCUUUUAUUGCCUGAUGCUGCACAGAGGAGGUAAGAAGCAGCUUCUGCAGUGAACUGUAGUUCCAAACACGGACACUGGAGGGUGUAACUGAGGCCUGUAGGUGCAUAUGUUUGGGGCCUAGAAUAAGGGAGUGAUUAUUGAUUCUGUUCUGUAAACCUACAUACUCUGUUGUGAUUAAAGCCCAUACUAUGGAAAGUGAUGCAAGUCCUGCCAGAUGCUCAUGUAUGACCAGAGACAGUAGAUUUACAGGUACAGUUGAUUGAAAAUGGAUUUUAAACUUUACACCGAUCAAUAACAACAUCUGUUCUCACCUCAAACAGAAUCACUGGAUGUUUUUCUUUUAAGUGUAACAAUACAGAUAGGUAAUCAUGGGUUAAUGUCAACCAAUGUGUUAAUAAAUGUCCCCCAAAAAUGAUAAAAGAAAGCAAAGGGAAUCAGACACUUCAAAAAAACUACUGCUCAAUAAAAGUCUUUCUGUAGUAUAGUCAAAGAAAUACUUUUAUUCAUCCCUUUAGGUCAUAAUGGAUUUGUUUUCUUUUCUUUUUCUACUUCAUAGAGUAAAUUAAAGUCUCAUAUAUAUUAUUCCUC